AUGUCUGCCCUAAGACUUUCCGGAACAUGCUAUGGAUUACAACAGCGCUUCCUGAUUAUCCUGAUUUUCGCCACCCUGUUCUUUUUCAUCAUCUACACUUAUCUGUAUGAUCUGAACAGCCAGGUGGCACUGCUUGGCAAUGCAAAAGUGAAACUUGAGAGAGCUAUCACAAAACUGCAAUUAGACAGCAUCGACAUGUCACGACGACACUUGUCUUUUACCACUGAUGAUGCUUACAGAGAGGACGACAUGGUGAUCAUCUACAACAGAGUCCCCAAGACCGGUAGCACAUCCUUUGCUGGCAUAGCUUAUGACUUAUGUACUGACAACCAGUUUCACGUGAUUCACAUGAAUAUUUCCAAAAACCAGCGGACUCUGGGAUUGUCUGACCAGAUGCGCUUUAUCACUAACAUCACUGGUUGGGAUGAAAAGAAGCCAACCCUUUAUCAUGGUCAUGUGGCAUUCAUAGAUUUUUCAAAGUUUGGUGUCAGGAAGCUGCCAGUCUACAUCAACAUGGUGAGAGAGCCAUUGGAUAGACUGAUUUCAUACUAUUAUUUUGUUCGCUAUGGAGAUGACUUUAGGCCCUCUCUCAAGAGGCGCAAGGCUGGAGACAAUGAGACAUUUGAUGAGUGUGUGGCAAGAGACGGAGACGAUUGUGAUCCAGCCAAUUUGUGGGUACAGAUUCCUUAUUUCUGUGGGCAUCAUGCAGACUGUUGGAAACCUGGAAACCAGUGGGCUCUAGAAGAAGCCAAACAGAACUUGCUGCAUCACUACCUGCUCGUUGGAGUCACUGAGGAAAUGAAGGAUUUUCUGGCCGUCCUUGAAGCUACGCUGCCCAGAUUUUUUCGGGGUGCAACAGAGCUUUAUGAAGAAGGAACAAAAUCCCACUUGAGAAAAACAACCAAGAAGAUCCCUACAAAGCCUGAAACGGUGGAGAAGAUCCAUCAGUCGACGAUUUGGAAGAUGGAGAAUGACUUUUAUCUGUUUGCUCUCGAUCAUUUCCACUAUAUAAAACACCAGACAUUCGAACUUGUGGACGGGGAGAUGGUGGAUAAGGAAUGGAAGUUCCAGUUUGAGAAAAUGUGGCCAAGAUAG